GCAAGUGUUAAUAAGUAGUCCUCACGGAGUUUGAUCCAGAUCACGUACUGCCACGGAUUGUAUCUUUAAGUUCUUCGUGCUAAUAGCGCCUGCCGCCCUUUUGCUUUCGCUUUCGCUUAAGUUUUUUCGCAGCCCGUUGUUUUAUAAAACUAAGAGGAGUUCGGAUACUGCCACGCGCUCGCGCCACAAAGAAGAGUCCUGCUUGACGACUUCUUCUCCGGAACCUCGGCGGGCAGGGGAAAAGGGCUUGUUUCAGUCUACAUGAAAGAGCUACUUCCCCAAAAGCCUUUUUUUUUUUUUAGUCGUGCGUCAUCCGAGUCUGCUUUCUUCCCACUUCGGGCCGACUCUCCGUCGCUUUACAACGCUCUACGAGGCCAUGGCGCUCGCCGACCAACAUGAGCUUCAGGCAAUUAAUCAUGUAGCGGAGGCUCUCAGCAGCAAUGAGCGCAGGAGCCUCCUCUACCUGUGUGAAAGCUCGGACGCGGACGACAGCAUGGCUUUUGCGAAGGAGACGCUGAAAUCCAAAGUGAUGUGCCAGGAGAGGGGCUACCUGUUUCUGGGAGAGCUCUUGAUACAGUUGAGACGUUUCGACAUCCUGAGGAAGGUGUGUGGAACCAGCAGAGAUGAGUUGGAGAGGGCGCUUAAAUACCGGAAGGUUCUGCCAAGAUUCAGAGUAUUGGUGGUUAAUGUAAGUGAGGAUAUGGCCUAUGAAGAUCUGAACAGUUUGAAAUUCUUGUUAAGCAGCACUUUACCUCGUGAAACGAUGGAAAAAGCAAAGAAUUUCCUGGAUCUGAUCAUUGAACUUGAGAAAGUGGAUUUAGUUUCACCUGAAAGAGUGGACUUAGUAGAGGAAUGUUUCAUAAACAUUGGCAGGGUUGACCUGGCCAAAAAAGUGGCUGCUUUCAAGAUGUCAGUUGCCACCCCUGAACAGCAUCCAUCUCAACAGCAAAGAUGGAGAGCCCCUGUCCCACCCCCCACUCCUAAUAGUUCCCAUUCUCUACAGCGAAGAAGACGAGGACAGUCCCUCCAUAUCGCCACAGAGAACAUAUCAGUGCCAGUACACACAGAGCAGAACUGUCAGCUUCCCCUCGAUACGUACAAAUUUAACAGUAAUCCCAGAGGAAUUUGUGUUAUCAUAGACUGCGUGGGUAAUGACGGAGACAUGUUGGAACAAACAUUUAAGGCUCUUCACUUCAAUGUGGCCCUCUACAAGUGGCUGAGUGUGGAUGAAAGUCUCUCAGUUCUCAGAGGGAUAUUCAAACAGAGACAGAACCUCAAAGGUGAUGGCUUUGUCUGUUGCAUCAUUAGCCGUGGUAUGGCAAAUCACCUCCUGGGUACAGACACGUACAGCCUAGGUCUACAUCUGGACAGAGUCAGACGUCUUUUCACCGCUGAUGCAUGCCCCAUGAUGGCCAGCAAGCCCAAACUGUUCUUCAUCCAGAGCUACAGUGUCCCUGAGUUCCAGCCCUGUGCCAGGAUGAACAAUCGGGAUGAGGAUCUGGAGACAGACGGGUGUGAUGGGCUGUCCAGAUAUGAUUACAUCCCUACUGAUGCAGAUGUGUUCUGGAGUCACUGCUCGACGGAUGAAUGUCAGCUAGAGCAAGGACAUCAUCGCUCCAUUUACUUGAAGGCUCUGACAGAUGCCUUACUCAAAGGCCAAAAGAGGAAAACUAACCUUGUUGAUAUUCAUACCGAGGUGAAUGGGGCCAUCUUUGAACAUAACAGGAGGAAUCCUGGAGUAAGCUACCACAUUGAUCUGAAACAUACUCUGAGGAAAGAUCUUUACUUACAAUAGAUGAUUUUGUAUAAUCACGUUGACUGAACCCUCAAUAACGUAAGAUACAUUACCAACAUGAUAUACUCCCUGCCUUACUAGAAGCUUUUUUUUUUACUGUGUAUACAGAGACACCUACUGGUUGUAUUUAUUCAAAACAAAUACUUUUACACAUGACAGGAAAACUUAUUUAACUGGUUGUUUUAAUGUGUAUUUAUUUAAUAUUUGAAAAAUAUUCAAUGUUUUUAGUACAUAUAUAUAUGAAUAAUUUCCCAAUGGACAAAUGUACUCACAGGACAAAAGACUAAUGAUGACAAUAAGACGCCCUACACUCAACCCCGACCCCCAUUACCAAAUGUCAAUUCACGCCAGACAAAAAAACAUUUGAGUUAUAUAAAGCACAAUAACGACUCAGUAUACUUAAAUCCUACACAACAUACUGACACAUAAUCACAGCAAGUCUUUUGUAACAUUUUCUUUGAGGCAUUAAUGUGAAUUGCUUUUUCUUGCCUUCUAUAGUGCAGCUAAACAAGAUACGCAGACAUACAAAGUUGAAUGGUUCUACACUCAACCUGCACAGAAAUGUGAAAAUAAUUUCUAUCUAUCUGUCUAUCUAUAUAUCUAUGUCUGUCUGUCUGUUAUAUUGCAUUUGUACUUUUAUUAUUUGUAUGUGAUUUAUUAAUUUUCAAGGUUUUGCCUUGUUAUGUAAAGUAAAUUCUGUAUUGUAACUUGUUUUGUAAUAAGUGCCAUAUGAAUUAAAGUACUCUAAUAUUAUCAUAUAUGAGAUGUUAGUUUUGAAAUUCUGAACACAGUCUAGGCACUAAUAAAUUAAUUUCUUUUUUAGGCUGAGAAAAUGAUCUAUUUAAGAAAGAUAAGCUAUCUUUCGAUAUUACAAAAAACUCAACAAUAUAUUCGGUGCUAUUUGUAGCUCAGUUAAUCCAAAAACAAUGGAAUGUAUGCAUGCAUUUAUUACCUUCAAUAUGUAUGAUAACCCUUCUGUUUGACCAGGCUUUGUCUCUUUCCCUUUAAAUAUUUCUAUCAAAUACUGAUAAUUAUAUUUGCUACAUUACAAUAAAGUUAAAGCAAAACAAUUUAAAUAUAAUGACCAAUUUGUUGAUGUGGAUCACGAUGUCCAGUGUCCGCAGCAUUGCGUUCAGGAGGCAGGGCCACAUCUGACAACAGGGCGCUGACCCCUCACAGCCCGGGGUCAUGACUUUGACAGGAUCUGUUCCCACUGAUAAGUCCAUGUUAGUUUUCAGGUGGGGUAUCAACCCAGACCCCAGCCAAACUACUGCUGACAGUGAUGAACGAUAUCUGUCCUGCGUACCCACCAACCCAUGUCAUGCAACCAUUUUUGAGUUCAAAUUUCAAACAUUUGAAGACCUAAUCAUUAUGUUGAUUGAAUAUUUACAUGCAAGUUUGUUGCAUUUAAUAGCAACUUUACGUAUAAUUCUAAUAAUUUAUUUCACAUCAAGCACUUUGACAUUGUCACUUUAAAAUAUGUAAAUAAUUUGGUAAUGUGUCUAGUUUGAGUUCCUUUUAAAGUAAAAUUGUAUGUCAAGCACUUUGAGAAUGCCUCAGUAUGAAUUGUGCGAUAAUCUUGCCUUGCUUUACGCUGACCUUAUACACUCAUAUACAGUGAUUACACUUCAGCUGACAUUGUCUUUCGGUUGAUGCGUUGGAACCGGCACUUAUUUCUGUCAGGACCUCCACUUCAACUGACACUUACAACUCAUUUUAUCACCUACACUUGGUCUGACAUUUCAACCUCUGUCAGCACGUGAAUUUAAACUUAAUUCUCAACUCCUUUCAGUCCUUUGAUUUCAGUUGAUAUUAAUAUUACAUUUCAGCUUCAUUCAGUAAUCACACUUAGAUUUACACUUCAGUAGGGCUGAAACAAUUAGUCGAUUAAUUGACAGAAAAAAAAAUUGCAGCUAUUUUGAUAAUUGAUGGAGUGAAAAUAAUUAAACAUUUACUAGUUCCACCCUCUCAAAUGGGAGAAUUUUAUGCAUUUCUUUGUCACACAUCAUGGUAAACUGAAUAUGUUUGGGUUUUUAGACCGUUGGUCAGACAUUUACCUGGUCACUUUGGUCUCUACGAUGGGCACCCCCCCUAUUUUUGACAUUUAAUAGAAUAACGAAUAACUAAUCAGCAGAUUAACUGACAAUGACAAUAACCGUUAGUCGCAGCCUUACACUUCAACUUCGCUCAGUGCUCACACUUAAACUGAAACUUCAACUCCUUUCAGCACCUCUUUUUUAACCGCUAU